AUGGCGGCCUCGGGUUACAAGUACACUGAUGUGGUUGUUGAAGUCCAAGGCCGAAUCGGGACCAUUCGACUCAAUCGGCCCAAGGCUCUCAAUGCCUUCACUACCACCAUGAUGAUGGAUGUGAUUACCGCUCUGAGAGAGCUCAAUCAACACCCCGAUACUGUGUUCACUGUCAUCACCGGCGAGGGUCGGUUCUUCUCCUCGGGGGUUGACGUCAAGGCGAUAUCCGCUCGCAAGCCAGUCCAGACUGCAAGUCUUGCUGAAAAGAAAGUUGCCUCGCUGACAGGUUUGGUGCCAGUCCUAGUCCUAGCCCUGAACGGUCCCGCUGUCGGUGGCGGUGCCGCCUGGUUCGAAGGCGUCGCGGAUAUCAUCGUCGCGGCCCAGGGAGCUUGGCUCCAGGUUCCAUUCAACGCGCUGGGAUUGGUACCAGAAAACGGAUCGACUACACUUUUCAGUCAUCACAUUGGUGUUCGCCGAAGCAACGAGUUCCUCAUGUUCGGUCGGCGGGUCACGGUAGAAGAACUGCAAGAGUGGGGACUGGUCAAUUUCAUCUUCCCCAAUGAUGGCUUCCACAGUGCUGUCCACAAGUUUCUGGAGGAUCAAUUGGAAGUCAACGACGGGAAGAGCAUGAUGGAGACGAAAAGAUUACAGAACCUGCCGCUCAGGAGGGAAAGAAUGCUGGCAGUCUAUGAUUCGAUCGAUGCGCUGGCGGAAAAAUUCCUUGACGGAGUUUCUACCAAAAGAUUCCUCCAGAAGAAUGCUCAACUUGGUUCUCGUGGGAAAAUUCAAGCAAAGCUCUAG